AUGGAGUCCAGUGGUGGUGAGGGUCUGGAGAAGUUCCGCCUCUUCCGUCGGGACGACUUCGACAGCGACUGGGUGAAGGUGGCGGAGCGCAGCUUUGGACGGGUGUACCGCGUGAAGCUCAAGCUGCUGAGGGAGAGGUGCGCCCUCAAAUGCCUCUCCACAAGCAGUCACUACAGGGACAUGACGGAGGAGGUGUCCAAGCUGGGCAAGGUGAAGUUUAACUACGUCACAUCCGUCUAUGGCGUGUGUGACGACCCCCCCUCCAUCGUCAUGGAGUACAUGAGCAAAGGGUCUCUGGACCUGCUCCUGGCCAGCCACACGAUCAUGUGGCUCAAGAAGUUCCAGAUGAUCCACGAGGUCGUCAUGGGGAUGAACUUCCUGCACAGCACGGCUCCGCCCCUCCUCCAUCUCAACCUGAAGCCGGCCAACAUCCUGCUAGACGACCACCUACAUGUGAAGAUUUCAGAUUUUGGCCUCUUCAAGUGGGAGGACAGUGCUGGCAUGUCAGUCAUGGAGCAUUUAACUGCCAGAGGGAACAUCAACUACGUGCCCCCAGAGGCAUUCAACCAGAACCCCGACCCCCCCGGAACCAAAUACGAUGUUUACAGCUUUGCUGUUGUCAUGUGGGAGAUCCUGACCCAGAAGAAGCCAUACGCUGGGGCGAACAUGACCGAAGUAAUAAUCCGUGUGUCGUCUGGGAAACGGCCGAGUGUGGAGAGGGUCCCUGAUGACCAGCCCCCGGAGUGCCAGGACAUGAUCGCCAUCAUGCAGCUCUGCUGGCAGCAGAACCGGCAACACAGGCCAGCCUUCUCAGAUGGCGCCAGAGGUAGCAGCCCAGGUGGAGAGGACGGCCGCUCCCUGCUGCGUGCCGUGGUGAAUGGAGACGCUGAGAGCGUGCGGGGGGUUCUGGGGACGGGUGGGCUGGUGAACGGGCAGAGCCAGCGCGGCUACACCCCUUUGAUCGUGGCCGUGCUGCACAAGCACCACCACAUCUGUGAGCUCCUGGUGCAGCGCGGGGCGGACGUGGCGCUCGGGGACGAGGACGACUGGACGCCGCUGCACUUCGCCGCCCAGAACGGAGACGAGCGCUCGGCCAGGCUCCUCCUGGAGCACGGAGCGCGGGCAGACGCCGCCGACAAGGACGAGUGGACGGCGCUGCACCUGGCGGCACAGAACGGGCACGAGGGGGUGGCGCGGGUGCUCCUGGCACGCCUUCCGGCCGUCGACAUGCCAGAGGGGCAGCACGGACGAACGCCCCUGCACCUGGCCAGUGCCUACGGCCACCUGGGCAUCGCCAAGCUGCUUCUGGGCCAGGGCGCAGACCCCUCAGUGCCCGACCGCGCCCAGGCGUGCCCGCUGCACCUGGCUGUGGAGGAGGGCCGCGUGCGCAUGGUGCGUCUGUUGGCGGAGCGGAAGGCGGAUGUGAGAAGCGCAGACGGGCGUGGACACACACCCCUGCACCUGGCGGCGCUGCGAGGGCACACACUCAUCUGCCGGUACCUGCUGGGGCGGGGCGAGGGGGCCAACGUCCGGACGACCCAGGGCUGGACGCCGCUGCACCUGGCGGCACUGCGUGGGCACGGGGACGCGGUGCUGGCGCUGGAGGCGCAGGGGGGCGAGGUGGAUGCCCGCGGGGGCGAGGGCUGGACCGCGCUGCACCUGGCCUGCCAUCACGCGCAGGAGGAGGUGGUCACCCAGCUGCUGGCCGCGGGCGCACAGCCCAGCCUGGCCGAGGACGCCGGCUGGACGGCGCUGCACCUGGCCUCGCGUUCCGGAAGCUUCCCCAGCGUGCUGCAGCUCAUCUCCCGCCAGGCCGACGUCAAUGCCACCAACCACAGCCAGACCACGCCCCUGCACCUGGCAGCACAGAGAGGGUCCGCCACCAUCAUCAGGGCGUUGCUGCUCAACCACGCCAGUCGCAGCGCUCGCGAUGCCCGCGGGCACACGCCCCUCGACCUCGCUUGCAGCAACGGCCACCAGGAGGCUGCCAAGCUGCUGGCACAGGACGAGGAGGGGUAA